AUGGCACAGCCCCAUCCCAAUGGCACAACCCCAUCUACUGCCACCCAUUCUCAUCCCUUUCAGAUCAAACUGAAGGAGAUCUUCGAGACACCCUCGGAGAUUGCUCUGGUGCUGGAAUUGGUGACGGGAGGAGAGCUCUUUGACAGGAUCGUGGAGAGGGGCUUCUACAGUGAGCGGGAUGCGGCCCACGUGGUCAAGCAGAUCCUGGAGGCUGUGUUGUAUUUGCAUGAGAAUGGAGUGGUGCACCGGGACCUGAAGCCCGAGAACCUGCUGUAUGCAGACCUGUCCCCCGACGCUCCCCUGAAGAUCGGUGACUUCGGGCUCUCCAAGAUCGUGGAUGAGCAGGACACCAUGAAAACCGUCUGUGGGACACCGGGGUACUGCGCCCCUGAAAUCCUGCACGGCUGCCCCUACGGCCCUGAGGUGGACAUGUGGUCGGUGGGUGUCAUCACCUACAUCCUGCUCUGCGGGUUUGAGCCCUUCUUUGACCCACGUGGGGACCAAUACAUGUACAGCCGCAUCCUCACCUGCGACUACGAGUUCGUGUCCCCGUGGUGGGACGAGGUUUCCCUCAAUGCCAAGGACCUGGUCAGAAAACUGAUCGUCUUGGAUCCCCAGAAGAGACUGACGGUCUAUCAGGCUCUGGAGCAUCCCUGGGUGACUGGAAAAGCAGCCAAGUUUGCCCACAUGGACAGCACACAAAAGAAGCUGCAGGAAUUUAACGCCAGGAGGAAACUGAAGGCUGCCAUGAAAGCCGUGGUGGCUUCCAGCCGCUUGGGCAACCACGGCCACCACGACUGCUCCAGGAACCGGGGGGGCUCCCAGGGGAGCACUGAGGCCACCGCUGCAUCCGAGGAGCUGGAGGCAUUCCCUGCUGUGCCCAAAAUGCCCAUCAACGGGGCGAGCUGCAGGAGCUGAUGGUGCCCGGCUCCCAGCAGCAGCGCGGGGGGCUCUGGGGCAGCCAUGGGGAUGGCAGGACGGGGUGCAUCCCUGCGCG